UAUAUUUGAAACUACUAUAUGUAUAUACAUCUCUAGUACCUCCUGAUCAGUCAGACUUCAGCUCUAGCCACACACUAACGGCUGUUCACAUAGAUACAACCCCUGUGAUUGGAGGAGCCCAUCGUGUUGCUUCUCAUAUUCAAGAUGCUAUCAUUAAACAACCUGGCAUGGAAUACCAGAACAAGCUAUAUAGUGGAUCAUCUGAAGGCAGUGCAGCUUUGUCCUUGGGUCAGUGUGAUCAGCCCUCUUCCAUGUCUCAACCUGAUGUAAUAAAAGCACCAGAAGAAGAUGUUUCACUGGAUUUAGACUCGAGAGAAACAGAAUCCAGUAGCUGCCAUGAUGAUGUAGAAACCAGGGUGAAAGAGUCAGGACCCAGUGGUUCCAAUGUUGAUGUAGAAACAAGAGUGAAAGAGUCAGGACCCAGUGGUUCCAAUGGUGAUGUAGAAACAAGAGUGAAAGAGUCAGGACCCAGUGGUUCCAAUGUUGAUGUAGAAACAAGAGUGAAAGAGUCAGGACCCAGUGGUUCUAAUGGUGAUGUAGAAACAAGAGUGAAAGAGUCAGAAAACCACAAAUUGUUCAAAUCUAUCAACAUGACCAGCAUUACGAAAGAUGAAAAAUUGGAAGGUGAAGUUGUCGGUGAUUCUAAGGGAUUGGCAGCAACGUUUCAGGCUGAAUGCGUGUACCAUGCAGUAAAGGAUGCCAUGGAAGAAUUCAAAGAUUCUAUCCAUAAGGAUCUCUUCAAUCUCCACAUGGAAAUAGUUCGGCAACUCCAUGAACAAAUG